AUGACUUGUUAUCUGAAUAGCUUAGUGCAGUCCUUGUACAUGACGCCCGAGUUCAGAAACGCCAUUUAUAAAUGGGAAUAUCGUAUCAGCGGGAAGCCUUCUACUAGUGCGGGUGAGAGGGAAGCGAGAAGUAUCCCUUAUCAAAUACAGAAGCUAUUUCUUUUGCUACAAACGAGCGAUCUUUCCUCAUUGGAAACCAAAGAUUUGACUGCAAGUUUUGGAUGGUCCAGCAGUGAAGCUUAUGACCAACAUGAUGUGCAGGAACUGUGUCGAUUAAUGUUUGACGCUUUGGAACUCAAAUGGAAAGGCACGCAGAAUGAAAAACUUAUACAGAGCUUGUACAGGUUAGUAGUUCUACAAACUCUUGUCUUUGCUCUUUUCUACUGAUU